AUGUCAGCCCCAAUUGAAAAUACUGUUUGUGUGAUUGGUGGACCAAUGCCGAGGGCCAAUUCGCCGGUCACUUCCGCAAUUAUUGACGACGACAACAUUUACAUCAGUUGCUUGUAUCAGCUCUGCAUCUUUUCCUCGUCAGAAACUCCACGACCGUUCUGGGUACCAACCAUUACACCACGGCCAAUUGAUUUACGACCACGAUCCACGAUGUUGGCACAAAGGGCAGCUCGGCAAUCGCUGCGCCGUCUUGCGGUCAGCCCAGCCUCGUUUUCGGCGCAGAUGACGAUGAAGAAAUAUGCCGCCCCAAUGGUCAUAGCAUCUUCAGUGCAAACUCGCCCCGUAGCAACUCAAAAGCUUACUCCGGCCGAUUCCAACGAAAUCCUCAUUGCGCAACGCAAGCUUCGUCCAUCAAGUCCCCAUCUAGCGAUCUACAAACCACAAAUUCCAUGGGUUCUUUCGAUUAUGAACCGGAUAACUGGCUCUGUGCUCUCAGGUGGUUUCUAUAUUUUUGGCUCCGCAUAUCUGGUUGCACCACUAUUUGGCUGGCAUUUAGAUAGUGCUAGUAUGGCAGCGGCGUUUGGUGCUUGGCCCGUUGCUGCAAAAUUCGCGACCAAAAUGUUCCUUGCCUGGCCGUUUACCUUCCAUGCUAUAAAUGGUGUAAGGCAUCUUGUGUGGGAUAUGGGUAAGGUAUUUACCAAUAAGGCAGUCAUCUGGACUGGAUGGGCAGUCGUGGGGUUGAGUGGUGCUAGUGCGCUUGCGCUGGCGACGAUGUAUUAG